AUGGGACCCGGGAGGCCUUGUUUCUCUCGGGCCCUGGCCGCCAACGGGCCGUCGCAGGCGUCUGGGGACAGCCAGCUCCAUGCGGCUCUGAGCCAGGGCAUGCUAGGGCAGGGGGACCGGAGCAAAGCUGCGGCCUUGAACUUCUCCCCACAGCUCCUGUGCCCUGAGUCGGGGAAGCAGGAAGUUGUUUCCACUGGGAAGGAAGAGAGCGCGCUCGGAGCUGGGCAGCGGCUCCGGGCACCGCGUCCCCGCCCAUCCCACGCCUCCCGGGGCACCGUGAACAACCCCCCAACCCAACUCCUCCAGGCACCUUGCGCGCCCCUCUUACAUCUCCCGGCACUGUGCGCUGACCCCUGCCUCCGCAGGCCGGCUCCCGUGUGCCGGGUCCCGACUCCCACCCCUCUGGGCACCCCUCGCUCCGAGGAGCCCGCAGUGUCCUGGAAGCCACCGCGGGGUCGCCCAUGCGCGAACUCCGCCCUGGGGGAAGCCCGCUGCCACUGUCGGCCCCGAGCGCUGUCCCGGGGCUGCGUCGAGAGGUCCGCAGCGCACACUGUUCCCCGCGGGGACGAGCCCGGAGAGCCUGGCCGCUGUCCGCGACGCGCUCGGGGCUGCGGGCACCAGGCUGCGGGGAUUGCAGGGACCGUCGGUCAGCCACGGGUCCCCGAGCCGGGCCCGAGCGUGCGCGCGCGUCCCGCUGCCCGCAAUCAUGGCAGCCGGCGCCUUGGAGCGCAGCCGCCGAGCGCGCCCCAGCAGCCGCCUCGGUGCCAGGGCGGCAGGGGCGGGCCGGGCCGGGCGCUCGCGCCCGCCCGCCUUGGCCGCGCGGGCCCCGGGGCGCGAAACGGAAAGCCGCUGGGUCCCCGCGGCGCGGUGCCCCUGCCCGGGGCGGGCGGCGGGAGGGGCUGCGGGGCGGGGACGCGCUGGCGAGGAGCGCCCGGGGCGGCGUGCCCGCGGGGACGCGCACGCGGGGCUGCGGGGCGAGGCGCGGGGCCCGGGCGGCGAAUCCGCUGCUCGCGCCGCCUGCCCCGCCCGCGCGCGCCGUCCCGGGGUAGGGGGCGGUGGAGGGGGGAACCCAGGAGGGGCGGCGCCCGGUCCUCACCCGCAGCGGGCACGGCGGGGGCCGCGGGCGGCCUCGUUGGUAUUCCGGGCGCGGUUGCAGCCCCGAUCUCCCCUCAGAACAGGGGUGCCCGGGCGCGCGGGCACGGCCGCCGCUCUCGGGCGGUCUCCACGGGCUGCGGGGCCCGCAGGCGCCUUGCUUUCCCCGUCCCCUCCUCCCUGGGUCCCCAGUACUCCCUCCCCCGCUCCGAUCCGGCGGCGAAGGGGUGGGCAGGGAAACGCGCUCUCUGGGACAGGUGCCAACUCCGAGACAAAAGACAUAAAAUAGGCGGCAACGGGGGAAGCGCGGCCGGCGCGCUCGGGCGGGGACGGCGCCGCCGCGGGGGCCGCAUCCUCGGUGCCGACCCGGGAAAGUUUGGGAAGUCGCCGCGGCGGCUUCGCAGCGGCGGGGGAUGCGCGGCCCGGGUCGCCCUCCGCGCCGCGCUAGCCCUCUCCGCGCCGCUGCUGAAUAAUUCAUGGCGCGGCCGCCGGCCAUUAGCAUGCACCGGGCGCGCGGCGCGUCUGUGCCAAGCCGCCGCCGCAUUCGGCGCCCCGGCAGCGCGAGACGAGCGGCCGCGCGGCGGCCGGGCCCACGCUGUCCCCGCGCUCGCCUGCCCGGUGGCGCCCAUUGUGCCCCGACCCGCCCCGCGGGGCUGUCCCCAAGCCUGCCUGCAUCCCGCCGCCCGCCCGACGGCCCGGCUCUGCAAGUCCUGGCCCGCGACGCCCGCCCCGGAAUGCACGUGAACUUGGAGAAAGUCGCUGGGCGCGCCGGCCGGGCUCUCCGCGGCAGGGCGUGGGCGUCCCCGGGACGGCGCGCUUUCGUUUUCGUCUGGGACAAAGGUCCCUUGCGGCGCGCGGACGCCGUGACCGGGUCCUGCGGGCCACUCUCUGGCGCAGUCGGGUCGCUAAGCGCAGGGAAGCCGGAGCCCGAAGGCAAGGACCGACGCGGCGCGGGGCCGGGGAAGUGGGGCCUGGGCCGUGCGCUUCGCCAGCGGCGGUCCAGAGCAGUCCCACCCUGCGGAGUUGCGGGAACUGGCCCCUCUCUGUCGUCCGCCGCUUCAACGCGUGAAGAGGGUGAGCAUUUGGAACCCAGGACUCAGACCGCUAGCUGAGGGCCUGUGCCGCUCUGGGCACGCGAGCGCGGCGCCGGCGGCGGCCAGGCGCGGUCCUCCCGCAAGGGCAGGGCUGUCGACCUGUGCGCCCCAGGUCACGAUCGGGUUCACUGCGACUCCCGAGGACGAACGUGGCCCCAUCCCGGAGCACCACCCAAGACAUCAGGAGCACAUCGCGGGCUUGGGAAGACCCUUGGGGACCUCACGGCCCAGGUCUUCCACCCUUGGCCACCUACCCAGUGAUGCCUGAAGCUCAAGGGACUGUGUCCACCCUCAGGCCCUGCCUGUGGCUCCCGAUCAGCGGUCCCCGUCAGAGGCCUGGGCUGAGUCCUCAGGUGUGUGAGUAACAUUGUCCCCUGACCCAGUAGCCCUGUGAGCACCCCGCUGCCGGCCACAGCUCGGCUGCCCUGGGCCUUGGCCUCCCUGUCUGUGCAGUGGGAUUGGUGGCGAUCACAGGCUUCUGCCCUGCACAGGCCAGGAGGGAGUGCCACAUGGCUGCACCCCCAGCCCAGGAGCAGCCUCGCUGCUGGACCUCUGGCUGGACCUUUGGGUUCUCACUAAGACCUGGUGAAGAGACAUGGAGACCACUGCUGGGCAGGGGCAGGAAGGCAUCCCUGGGGCCAUCUGUCUGUCGGAUCUGAGGGUGCUGCCUGCCAGGCUCUACUCUGGAUCCAGCGAGUGUUUGCUGGGGGCAGUGGGGCCUGUGCCUCUUGUCCAGAGGAGGCCGGAGAAGGGGACACAAGAAGGGAGUGGACAGACGGUCACCAGACAGAUGAGCAGGACAGGGCUCAGAGCUUGUUUGGGAAGUGGCUGGUGCUGAGCUUGGCUGGGGCAGGGCUCCAGGAGGGGCCGAGUGGGCCCCACCCCCCACCCUUGUCAGCAGGGCCCCAAAAAUUCCAGGCUGUGGGGUGGGUGCUGUGAAGGUGGAGGGGGGAGCAGCCUCCCAUCCCUGGAGCAGGUCCCUUGGCGUCCCCACUGUGGGGUGGGUGCUGUGAAGGUGGAGGGGGCAGCAGCCUCCCAUCCCUGGAGCAGGUUCCCUAGCGUCCCCAUGGCAGCUGCUUCAUGGCACAGUGGUCCCUGGAGUUCAGGCCAGGCCCUCGAACCGCCUGUCUGGGGACCACUCCAACCUCGGCUAAAUGAGGAGCAGCCCUCCCUGGGUCUGGGGGCAAAGGAAGGUUUUGAAUCCGGGAGCCCAGGCUCAGUAGGCCCUUGCCACCUCCCCCAGAGGUCGUGCCUGAGGCUAGGCCACCUGGGCUGCAAGAUGGGAGGGCAUCGGUGCCCCAGGCAGGCCCCAGUCCCCCAGGGCCACUGCAAGACCCUUAGACGGGACGACAAGGUCUCUAGAAGCCCCGGCCGCUGGGAGCCUGGGCGGAAGAAGGUUCCAGAAAAGGCCCACCUGCCUAUCUCUGGGCCCACGCACGGGGCGGGCACUGUGCUGCUUUUCCAGUGGCUCCUCCUCCUCCCGGCCCCAUAGCCGCUCCCGCCCGCGGCGGCCUUUGUCUUCCAAGCGCUCUGCAAAAUGGCCGCCCGGCCUGCCGCCAUUUUGUAGCUGAGGUGGCCGUGGCCUUGGAGAGGCCUGGGAGGGAGGGCGGCCAUGGCCCGCCUGCCUGCCCUUGGCGGCCUGGACAGAGCCCAGCACCGGCCCCCGCCCAGUCUGGCCUUGGCCGUGUCUGCCCCAGGCUUGGCACCAGCCAGCCCUUGGCAAGGCAGGCUGGGAGUCCUGGCCCCUCACCCAACCCUGCCGGCCCCUUGCCACCCUGAGGCGGUCCUGCCGAGCAGACAGAGAAGCCUCGAGCCAGAGCCGGGCCGGUGCAGCCUCGCUGGCAGGGGAGCCCUGAGCCGAGGGCAGUGCAGGCAGUUGUGAGGCCCCAUGGGCUCCCCGCACCUCUUCAGGGGCGAUGCCUUCAGGCCUUGACCGCUUCACCUAUUGCGCUUCUGGCCUGGCCCGGCCGGGAGUGGGUGUCUCAGUGGCCAGCCCAGCUUCUGACUUAGAGAUGGGCACCGCCAACCUCAGGAAGAGGGCAGGGCCGCACUCUGGCCAGGAUUCUCCUGUGGUGGGGCCAGCCAAGGUCUAUGACACACAGGAGUGGAGGACCUGUUCCCUCCUGGCUACCUGCACAGCCCCCACUUUCCUGCAGGCCCCAUCCCCAGAACCUCAGCCAUUCCAGACAGCAUCUCCCUCCUCACUGGAGCCCCUCGGCCUCUCCCGAGCCUCUGAGCUUGCUUCCUGCCCCAUCACAGACCCAUGCACCUGCCCUUCCAGCACCCAGAGGAUCCCAAGUGGCACAUUCCCGAAGGGACGGUCUCCAGGAAACCCCUGGGGGCCGGGGGGCUGCAGAUCAGCAUCAGGGAGACACUGGGUGUGGGCUGUGGAGGACAAUUGUGCCCCUGGCCUGGCCAGGCCGGGAGGGGGCAGGCGGGCCCUGUGGGAGCCCUGUGAGGUUGGCCACACAUGGGUUCCUGCAAUCUCUGCAACAAGGUCCCCUGGAGGGCAGUGCGCCUCCUAGAAGAAGUUGGGAGAAAUCUCCAGGCGAAGCAGGGAAUGGUGUUUGAUAAGUAUGUGCAUUUUCUAGGGGUCAACACAGGUCCUACGGGUGGUGUGGGGUGGUGCCAGGUGGACCCCAUGGUGGCCUGUGUUCUCUACAUGGCGUGGGUCGGUUCCUUGCUGGAGGAGACCCUUCCCCAGACACCUGCCAGGCACCCAGCCAAGCCCUUGAGGCCUGGAAAGGUCUCUGGACACCACCCUACACCCCGCCCAGACUCCUCUCCCUGUGGUUCCUGGACAGAACAUUCCGUCACCACAAAGCGAAGUUUGCCCAGGCCCUGCCCUCGCCUUGGGGAAACCCAGCCGGGCAUGGGAAGGAAGAAUUCUGCCCGCCUGCCCGCUCAGACCAGAGUUGCCCCACAUGCCAGGCCAGGCCUGCAGCUUCCUGGGGCACACAGAGCCCCAGGCUUCCCUGCAGGAAAAGCCCCCCCGCCGCAGAAGGGCUGGUCCCUGGUGGGGAGUUGCUGCUGGGUGGGGUGACCGCAGGGUGGGGUUCAGGCUGGGGUAUUUUUAAUGAUGUGGUUGCAUCUGGUCACCGCCCCCCGCCACCCCCGAUUCUUUCCUACUCUCCCCACCUUGUGACCCAGACUGUGACUUGAAUUAAGAAUGUUUUCAGAUAAGUACACGCCUUUGAGGUUAAAAGUAUGCCUAAUGAUUAAACACCAGACAGAGGUCCCCACAGGAGAAGAGCAGGCUCCGCAUUCCUGCUUUUCCCCUUUGGACUCCAAGUGAGCCUGUUUGCGUAACCCUGGAGCAUUAACGGGCAGCUCCGCCAGAUUCUCCCCACAUCCCGGGGGCUGGCGUCCUGACCCAUCCUACAGAGGAGGCAGCUGAGGCCCAGAGGGGUUCACCUGCCCCAUCCCAGGCCCAUCACUGAGGGAGACAGAGCAGGUCAGAACCAGGCCUGGCAGCCCCCAGGCCUGUGCCCCAUGGAUGCAGGUGCGUCGGCAGCCCCCAGGCCUGUGCCCCAUGGAUGCAGGUGCGUCUGGAGAGCACGGUCCUCCCCUGCCAGUGCCAGCCCUCAGGUGUCUCGGGUGCUGCAUUACUCUUGUGAGCUUCCACGCUCACACCUGUGGCCACAACGCUGGAGCCUGCUGGACCUCUGACCCUGUUCUAGGUGCAGGACAUGUGGCCACAGCAGGCCUGGCCCCUGCCCCAGGGAGUGGACAUUCCCUGAGCCUGCCCCCUACCCCCACUGAGAGCUUAGUGGCUGUGAGAGAACAGGAAAGCAGGAAGCUAGACAGGGCACAGACCCCUGACAGUGGAGACCCUGACCCGGAGCAUGUGGGUGUCAGUUUUGGGGAAGCCAGACAGGGAGGGUGCUAGCAGGAGGGCCCGUGAGGGGACCUUGGCACCCCAGACAGCCCUGGAAGGAAGGCAGGCCUGGGGUCCGGGCCAUGCUCCAUCCUGGGGACACUCCUUUCCCACCUGCGUGAGGUGUGCAGGGCCAGGGGAGGAGCGUGGAUCUGAGGAGUGCAGUUCCAGUCGUGGCUUUGCCACGGCCACCUCGUGGCAUGCUGUUGGGGACCAUGAGACUGUGGGCGGCCUAGUUGUAUUGCAGCCUGAGGCCAGAGGAGAGGUUAGUAACCCUUACCCGUCCCAUCUUGAUUUAAGUUGGUAUUUUUAGAUCAUGGACCCUUCUGCAUUGAUUUUUUUAAAUUUUGCAAUAAGAUAUUUCUGCUGAUGGCUGGGUUUUUGGUCCUUUUAACUUGCCUCCCACACCUCGCCCUGGUCCCCACCCUGCCUCGGCCAAGCCAGAGCCGCAGGCUGCCUGGUGCGCAUCUCGUUAGCUUUCUGGGCCGUGUUUGCAGGAGGCCCGCCUCCCGUCCGAGCCCCCGGACGCCACCCCUCCCCGUCUUUUUCCCAGACCCCAUUGUUGGCACGGCUUGCUGAGCAGAGACACUGGCUGCUUUAUGGGGAGAAACCCAAUCAGGGUGGCCGGGGUGUGCUCCUUGGGGGGGUCCGGCUCCCAGUGGCCCUGAGCCAAGCCCGAGGUGACUUCAGGGUGACACCGUCUGUCUGCCUCACUUGCUCCAGACAUCCGCCCGGCCCUGAAAUGGCCACCUGCCCACUGAGGCCUCCGCACACCUGUCCUGGCUGGCCUGGCCCCUCCCCCGCCUGGGCCUGCCGGGCACCCUGCCCACGGGCAGACACCGUGGGGCCGGGGCAGCGCCCGGGAGGUGGCAGCUGGCAGAUGGCAGAGCGCCUGCCGACUGCUCACUCCCCGUCAGCUCUGCUCAGGGAGCGCCGUUCACGCUGCGUGGUCCGCCCAGCCCUCAUCCAGGCUGGCUGGGAAGGGUCUCUCUGGUCUGUCUUAGGAAGCCUCCUGAGAAAGGGGAGAUUCCUGCUGUCUCCCCAGGCCUGAGCCCCAUGCUCACCCCCAGGGCUGCCGGGCAGGUGGGCCUGGAGAUCACCCCCGCGCACACCCCACAAUGCAUGCAACUGGGGCCUUCUCCCCACCGGCUCAGACAUGGCUCCAUGAGUGGGUCACGACGCGGAAACAUCAGUCUUUCCCCACCCCGUUCUCAAGAAAGUCCUGGUUGUCGACUGGAGUUCUCCUGUGCAAAUCCUUCUGUGGUGGGGGUGGAGCCCAAUAAGGUCACAGCGUCUGUUUCCUGGUCCUGUAGAGCAUGGCAGUGUUGGGUGUGCAGGAAAUGUGUCCAGACACCCUCCUCAGAGUCCCCCAGAGCGGGCACUACCACAUUGAGACUCCCUGACUACCGCAGGCCUGAGUGGUCCAGAUGUGAGUCCUAGAACCUUGGGGGCAGAGCCGGGACUCACCGGGGAACACAGGGCCCUCUGGGGAAAGGAGCGGGAAAAAGGAGGGUGGUGGUGCCUUGCAGAGGGACAGGCCAGGGCAAUGCUGGGAGCAGAGGCCUGCCCGGGGCACUCGCUGCUCUGGAAGGCUGGAGGGGGAGCCAGGGCUGCGGGCACGCUGGGGAGGGGCAGAGACAGUAGAGAGGGUGUCAGCAGUGGUGGAUGGCCUGGCUGGCUGGGAGUGCGGGCAGGGCUGGUGCUCAGGGAGGAGGAGGGAAGGGCACCCCCCAACCGGUGUCCUCACAGGCCCCUCAAUAGCCUGGUGGGUGACUCUCCUGGUCCCCAGCAGGGCUGCCCUUGCUCGAGGUCACACGGUACAGGGCUGUGGGGAACCAGAGUAUGUCUCCUCCCAUCCAGCAUCUUGAGCUCAGCCCUGGGGACCCACAUCCCUUCCUGCCUGGAUGCACCUCUCUGGCCUUUGUACCCCGGGCCUGUCCUGCAAGGGCACUCUGGCCAGAAUGGGCUGGAGUAAAGUGAAGUUUUGAUUCACUGGACAAGCUGUUGCCGAAGCCCUGCAGCCCAGACUGGAUCCUGUGGGCCCCUCUGGGGGGUUUCCGCUCGUGGGAGGACGCCAAGCCUUCCUUGGCCUGGGUCCCAGGGGAAGCCACAGCCCCUGUGGACCCUCAGCAUCCUCCUCGGUGCAGUGGGGGUUUAAUCCCUCCCUACAGGGUCCAGCCACCUGCUGACAGGCCAGGCGCCUGGGAAAGUGGCACCAGGCUGUCCCCCUGUGCAUCCUCCGGCCCUCCUCUGGGUCAUAGACAUCCAGGCACCAGCCUGGCAAGGCACAGGCUUCCCAGCAGGGGAAUGUGACCACUGACCACUCAAGGACAGGCCUGGGUAUUGGUCACCUCUGAUCUGGCAUUGUCCAACACAGGGCUGGCCACGGAGGCCAUUCCAUUCAGGCCCUUGCAGGGGUGGGUGAGCCACUAGCUAGAGACAGGCCAGGCUGGAGUGUCGGUUCUGGUGCAGGAUGUCUGGGCAAGGCCCAAUGUCACAAAGGGGUUCAGGGCUGGGCGAGGCCACAUCUCUUCUAGAGCUGACACUUGUCACUUUUGUUUUUAAAACCAAACAGGUCAAGAAGGGGCGCUGAGCUGGAGCUCUUGCCUGUGGCUAGCUGUCCUCGCAGUGAGCUGGGCCUCCUGCCAUCCUGGCUCUGGAGGUAGGAGGAGCCAUGGGAGGUCUGAUAGGGAGGGAGGGCCAUCGUCUGAACCAGGCCACUCCUGGUCCUCUCCAGGCCCCACACUCAGGCGCAGAGGUCCUUAGAUGGGGACCUGAUGGUCUCAUGGCCAAACCUUUGCCCAGGCUGUGGCCUCCCCCAAAGUCUUGUCUCUUCUUGUCUUCCCACCACCCUUCCAGCAAGCUCCCCCGGUUGGCCCACCUCAUCCACCCCCUGUGCACUUGGGGCAUGGUGACCUUUGACUCUGGUGGUGCACCCCUCAGGCUGGACAGGGCCUGAAGGAGCUGUGGUUCGUUGCAGGGUGUCUGAGUGGAAGAGGCGCCCUCAGCCUCACUUCCACACCCUGAAGACUCUCUGGCCCUGGGCUCUGUUACGUGCACUGCCUGUCUGCAGGGCCCAGCCUGCCUCAAGUGCUCCCUGGGGACAGAAGCCCUUGCGGUAGCCCCUCCUGUCACCUAGCCACCAGUCAUCCUGGAAUGCAGCCCUAAUGCCCUGAGGCUACCUGCCGUCACCCAGGAUGACUCAAGAUGCCACCUGGGAGGUGCCUCUGGAAGCCAUGGAGUCCCAUCGGCACCAAGACCGACUGCCCUUUGGGGUGAGGUAGUAGGUUGUAUAGUUUGGGGCUCUGCCCUGCUAUGGGAUAACUAUACAAUCUACUGUCUUUCCUGAAGUGGCUGUAAUAUCUGCGGUGGACAGAGCAUCUGGAUCCCUGGCUGGGAGGGGCGGGGGCAGGUUUGGGGGCAGGCUUGGCAGCCAGCGGGGGCAAGGGCUCCCUACACUAACAAGUUUGACAGGCCUAGGUUCCUCUUGCCUUGUGACCUUGGACAGGCCCCUGAUCUCUCUGGGCCGGUUUCCUCCUCUGUAAAAUGGAGGCAAAUGAGGAUGGAAGGAGAGCAUCCAGGGCAGAGGAGAGCUGAGCCAACCCCACCCUCUGCCCCAGCCACACUGAGAGUGGCGACGCAUGCGGCUGUUUGUCCGACCUCUGUCUCCCAACACCAGCCCCAUCAGACACAGGCUCAUGGGUGACCCUGAGCAGGAGACUGGGCCAUACCCGCCGCUGAGCACCAGAAGGCACCACAGGGCCAGGGCUGGCUGAGACAUGCGGAGGUCACAGGGCCGUGAGUGUCGGCCUUGCCCACCACCCCAGGUGCCCAGCAUGUGCCCAGCCUGGCCAGCUCAGUGGCAGGGCCUCUGCCUGUGGAGGAAGGGAGGCCGAGGCACCUUUCCCGAGCAGGAAGUGAGAGGAACAGCUCUGCACACCCUGGGCCCCACAUGGGCACAACUUGAAGGCAGAUGGUGGCUCCUCUGUACCUGGGGAAACUGAGGCCCAGAGAGCUGGGCCUUCCUGAGACCAGCCAGUAGCAGCUGCCCCUUCCUGGGGUGCCAUCUCCCCAUCCCUCCUGCCCUGCGCCUGCCCAGCCCUCCUGCUCCAGUGACUGAGGACCGCUGGGCAGGGGCUGGUGUUGGGCGGGGGCGGCGGGCCCUCCCGCAGUGCAAGGCCGGGCCUGGCGGGGUGAGGUAGUAGGUUGUGUGGUUUCAGGGCAGUGAUGUUGCCCCUCAGAAGAUAACUAUACAACCUACUGCCUUCCCUGAGGAGCCCAGUGACACGACCCCACGGGAGGGCUGCCCCCGACGUCGGUGACCUACAGGGGGUCUGAGCCGAAGAUGGGCGGGCAUCUGGGGCCUAGAGUCAAUAAAGCUGUUCUGACCAUGAA